CGAUCACGAACUGAGUGUUGGCUGUGUUUAUCGAUAUGGUUUUAGCAUUUAAAUACUAAAGAGUGUAUUUUCAUAUUUUCGCCUUUUAGUAUCUUAUUGCCUGUUACUUACGGUCACGCUAUUGAUAGCACAUUCUUAGUUGUGUCGCAAGCGUCAAAAAUAUAUUUUUGUUAGUAAAUUACAAUCAAAGAAACGAUUAAAAUUAUUUAAUAUGCCCGCCGUGGUGCGAAUAAAGCGCCGCAUUGACGAAGAACCUCAUUCGGCAUUUCUACUAAAUGGCAAACGCCGCCGUCUGCUUAACGAUGAAAAUGCGCUCGCUGCGUCGGCGACAGCGAUUGCAGAAAACAAAGAGGAGCAAAAUCAAGUGCUGUUGAAGUUUGCCGGCACGCUGGAUAAACAGGAUGACUGUGCCACCAAACAAUUUGCAGCAGCUCGCUUAAACAAAGCCACUGCUAAGGAGUUAGUGUGUCAGACCACUGAUCCAACAAAAGCCAGUGCUCUGCGUCGCGAAAAACAGCGACAGGAGCAACAGCAAUUAGCCCGGGAGCAGCGAUACCGAGUGGUCAACUGUCUACGAACUACGCUUAACGAUUUGGACGAGGAAUCAGAGCAGGAAGAGACGACGGGGGCAGCAAGUGGAAGCAGCAGUAACCAGGACCAAAGCAAGACUGAACGCCGGCAAAUAACAAUUGUGGACAUCGAGUCCCAGCAAAGAGAACCAGAACCAAAUGUCCCGCUGCAGGAUCAUCAGCCCGUUGAUUCAGACAUUGGCUAUGUAUACGAUUUAUAUGUGCCGGAGAAUGAGAUGCAGGCGCAAUAUGUUGAUAUGUUCGAUGACAACUAUUUAAGUCUUCGUCCUGUUAACGAGGUUGUCUACGAGGAUUGCUACAACGAUGACGAGGACUACGACUCGGAAGAUUCAAAUCAGGAGAACUACUAUACGAACGAUUAUCCUGAUGAUGAUGAUGCCGGCGUUAUGGGCUCCGACGAUGAGCUGUGCCAGCAAAUGAAUAAGUUUAUGUUUGAUGAUGAUGAGGAUGAAUUUGCCAGUGGCUCGAGUGAUGCGGAGGAUCACAAUGAGUACCAUGAUCCUUAUAUGCAUACCAUAGAUGCAGAAGCAGCAAGCUUUGUGGAUGACGUGGACUUCUUUAAUGUGGAGCGUCAAGGAAGCGCAUACGAACGAUAUAAACGUAGAAUCCUUCGAGAGGCAGAGGGUCUUGAAUCAUGCUCUGAAGAUUCGGAUUCUGAUGAAGCGGAUGCCAUCUUCGAGAGCGCAAGCGAGCAGGGCGUGGAAAGCGAUUAAGGAGCGCUUAAAAAGCUUUACUAUAUCCUUAUAUAUUUAACUUAAAACUAUUCAAAAGUGGAUUUUUAGAUAUUCGAAUGUUCUUUUAGUUAAGCUUUAUAAAAAUAUACAUUCUAUUUAUACAUAAAUAUUGAUUAAAUAUGUAAGCAAACUAACCAGUUGAGA